AUGGGUAAUCCAACUGGCAAGCGGCAGAAGCGGGAGGAAUACCGUGCUGCUCAGCAGCAUGAUGCAUCCGCUGGGUUGCCCAGGAAGAAGUUCUACCGCCAAAGAGCACACGCAAACCCGUUCUCGGAUCACCGAUUGACAUACCCCACAAAGCCUGAUCAAAUGGAUUGGUCGUCGUUGUUCCCAGGCUUCGUUGCAGAGAGCCAGCCCUCAGGAGAACGAGGAGGCCCAGCCCAAGAGGAGCAGACCCCGAGCCUGGAAACCCCCGAGCCUAAAAGGCUGAGCAAAGAUGUCGAAGUAUUGGACAUCGGAUGUGGCUUUGGAGGCCUGCUAGUUGCUCUGGCGCCAGUUAUGCCUGAUACCCUCCUCUUAGGACUCGAGAUCCGGGUGCAAGUCACCGAGUUUGUGCAGGACAAGAUCAGGGCCCUGAGGUCCCAGAGCGGCGACGAGAGGUCCUACCAGAACAUCGCCUGCCUGCGAGCGAACAGCAUGAAGUUCCUGCCCAACUUCAUCAGGAAAGCGCAGCUGUCCAAGAUCUUCAUCUGCUUCCCCGACCCGCACUUCAAGGCGCGGAAGCACAAGCAGAGGAUCGUGUCCACGACGCUGAACUCGGAAUACGCCUUCGUCCUCAGGCCCGGCGGCGUCGUGUACACCAUCACCGACGUCCGCGACCUGCACGAGUGGAUGGUCCAGCACUUCGAGGCCCACCCAUCCUUUGUCAGGGUCUCCGAGGAGGAGCAGGAGGCUGAUCCGUGCGUGGACAUCAUGAGGACCGAGACUGAGGAAGGCAAGAAGGUGGAGAGGUACAAGGGGCAGAAGUUAGAUUUUGUGAUACCCGAACUUAUUACAUGGCUACCUAGCUCUAAACCCAGUGUCUCGAGAGCUUCACAGGGGCGCAUGCAGUUCUCUCGUACAGUGUGUGAUACAACUAUGGCCCUUCGAGGGAGAGACAUAGCCCUUUCUGGCGUCGCGACCUUUAUCGCCUGGGGCUACGCGGUCAAUUGGUUUCCAGCCAUCAGAUGGGCUCUCUAUGCGUUCGCAGCGGGAGUCCUGGUUGCCCUGUUCGGCUUGCUCGCCCUAAUCCUCCUGACCUCUAGGGGCGCCGCUUACAGCCAGAUGCGACGAUCGCCUCGGCCGCGUGGUGCCGCGUUUCUCGAGCCGCGAGCUUGGAGGAAGGAGGUGGUUGCUCUUCGGACCCGACAAGAGUACAAGAAGGCGCCGCUCUAUGCCGCCUCGCCGAAGGUGUCUGAAGCUCUGGACGAGGUCCUUGCCUACAUCACCCGCGAUUUCGUCCAGUCCUGGUACUCGAACAUCAGCAAGAACCCGGUGUUCGCGAACGAAGUGGACAAGGCGAUACGACAUGCCCUGUCAAACGUCCGAGACAGGCUCUUCGAGCUCGACCUGGCCGAGAUCAUGACGACCCGUCUAGUGCCCAUCUUGACAGCCCACUUUCGCGACUUCUACGAUGCCGAACGGUCGGUCCGGGGUCGGAAGCUGAAUCGCUCGGUAACCGAAUCCGAGGAGCUGGAUCUCGCGAUAGCCUCGAAAUACAAGGAUGGGAAGCUGCACCCAGCUGCAAGCCUAUCUUUCUCCGACGUCAAGAUGGUUCAGCAAGAUUAUCUACGGCAGGCCAUGUCCAAGAUACUCCCCAAGGUUCUGCCGGAGACCUUGCUGGCCUCGAGAGCGGUUGCGGCCAUCAUCCGCGAGAUAGUCGCUUGCGCGAUCAUGUUCCCCGUGAUGCAGAUGCUGUCGGACCCUGAUACCUGGAACCAGCUGAUGGAAAACUACGGACGGAGCAUGCUGCAGGAUCGGUCGACCGUCCGCAAGCUUCGCGCCGCCUUGGACCAGCACGCCUCGCCGGCCCCGAAGACGCCAAAAGCCGUGGCUUUCCCGCGACUGUCUCCGACCGAUAGCGAGAGGAAAUUCGAGAAAUUCAUCAGGGCCAUCCGCAAAGUGAACAAUCUCUCCGAUGCCAGGCGCUUCAGGAGCGAGGUUGCCAGCCAGCUGAAGAGGGACUCUCAGCAGGAAAACGUAGAUCAGGUGUACCUACGGCGCUUGGAUAUGGGCAAGAAGCUGCUGGACCAGAGGGUGCAACAUCUUGCAGCUGGGGGUGACCGGCGAGCAAUCCCGCGAAACGUGACGGCUCAGCAGCCUGUUGUCUCUCGGUUGGAAAAUGCACCUCUCGUUGACCUCUUACGUGACACCUCUGGGCUCUCGUAUUUCAUGGAAUACAUGGACAGGCAGCGUCUUUUGCCGUUGGUGCAGUUCUGGCUCGUUGUCGACGGCUUCCGCAACCCACUUGAGGACGAUGGACCGGAGGGCGAACAACUGCCUCUCCAGCUGCCGCCUUGGACCGACUCGGACCGACUCGAUCUUGCUCAGAUUGAUGCCGCGUAUCUUUCCCGUCCAGAGCUCAAAGUCCCCGACUCGUCAAAACGGACAGUGCAAGAAUUUCUCAAGGCUGGGAAGCAGGCAACCCCUGAGCAGUAUUACUGGGCCCGCCGUGCGAUCCUUCGAGCGCAGAGUGCUGUGCUGGAGGAGAUGCGCGUCAAGCACUUCCAAAGCUUCAAGAAGUCGGACUUGUUCUACAAGGCUUUGGCCUCAGAGGAGGCAGCGAACUCCUUCGUUCCGCCCAUUGCUCCCACCAAUGUUGGCGAACCAUCUAUUCCACAGCCCCUGAAUCGAGGCCCACCAUCGUACCAUUCCAAACCUACCCCUGUGGCCCGGUUAGCCACGAGAUUACAACCAGAUAGUCACGCUCGUCGGGCCGCGUCAGCCUCCGAUCUAAAAUCUGUGGGUGUCAAUGGCACCAACGGUUCAGACUCGUCUGCUGCUGGGUCACGCCAAUCUCUGGACGAAGAUGCGCCCGCGCCGCUGUUCGAUGAUGAUGAUUUUGGAGAUGAUGGCCUGGCGGACUCCGUACAGAGCCUUGACCAAGAUAUUGGCCAGCCAGUUCCCGACACGCAAGUUGUCCAAGCCGUAGAGCAGGCCUUGACCAACAUCAUGGAGGACAGCCGCCCUCCGACAGCCGAAGACCUCCGAGACUCGCUCUUCGGACCAGAUGACAAUAGCUCCCUCACCUUUUCGCAUACCGAACCUAGCUCAAAAAGGAACUCAAUCGACGAGCCGCGGUCCAAUCGUGGCUCCCUGGAUCCCGAGAAGCCCAGCCUGGCAUCCUUGGGCCUCGUUAGCGCAGCAUCUAGGAUUGGCGUCUUCGUCGAUGACGACCUCUUUGGUGACGAAAACAAAGCUUUGGCAGAUGAGCUAGACGACGACCAAGAAGGUAUCCAGGACGAUGACGUGGACGAGGUUCACGAAGCAGCCCCUGGGGACCUUGGUCUAGCCGAGGCGAUUACCGUAUUGACAAACGAUAUAGACCGCUUAGUUGCCCAGGACGCCAUAGUUGAUUCACUGCUUCGGAAGGCAGAGCUGACGAACAACACCGCCGAGCUGAGGAUUCUGCGGAAGUCUAAGGCUAGUUUGCGGAGAGAACUUCGACGGAAGGAGCUGCAGAGACAACAGUACGUCAUACAGGAGAGCGACAACAGCCUCUACGGUCGGUCGACCAUCAAGAUCAAGUCGAUACAGGUUGGGCGCGACGAGGAUGGCAAAGAAUUUGCACUUUACCUUGUGGAAGUAUCGAGAAACGCGGGCGAGAAGAUGCCUGCAGCGACGUGGAUGGUCACCCGGCGAUACAGCGAGUUCCUUGAGCUCCACCAAAAGCUGCGCACGAGGUAUCCUUCCGUGCGCAACCUCGACUUCCCUCGUCGGCGCAUGGUCAUGAAACUGCAGAGCGAGUUCCUCCGCAAGCGUCGGCUUGCGUUGGAAAAGUACCUGAGCGAGCUACUGCUCCUUCCCGACGUCUGCCGCAGCCGAGACCUUCGGGCGUUCCUCUCGCAGAGCUCCAUCAACCCCCAGGGCCGGGAUCUAAUGGAUCGGGACGAUAAGAAGGACAUGAUCACUCGCCUUUACGACUCUGUGGCAGACGGCAUGGAGGACAUCCUCGGCAGCAUCCCGGUCCUUGACCAGCUCUCCGUUGCUGGGCAGAACCUAAUCGCAGCGGCGACGAGUCAGCUCAGCACCAUGCCGCUCAAUGUGGGUGAAGAUGGGGCCAUAACCGCGGCCGAGGCCGAGGCCGAGCUUAAUGCUUUUGAGAACAAGGAGCUCGAGCCCUUUAUCAAGCCCAUAUGCGACAUCUUCCUAGAAGUGUUCGAGCUUAACCGUGGGAACAACUGGCUGCGCGGUCGAGCCGUCGUGGUUGUGCUGCACCAGCUACUCGGCGGGACCAUUGAGAAGAAGCUCAGGGACAACGUCAGGCUCCUCGUCCAGGAGGAGGCCGUGCUCAAGUACAUCGGCCUCCUGCGAGAUGGCAUGUGGCCCGGCGGGCAGCUUCCCAAGAACAAGGUGCCUCGCACUGCCGCCCAGAAGACCCGGACGCGAACGGAGGCAAGCCUGAUGCUUGCCACCCUAAUACCUGACCUUGCUGGCAGCGUCGUGGGCCGACUGAACGCCCAGGCGGCAAGUCGGAGAGUCUUUGCGACAUUGAACAAUCCCCGGCUCAACGCCCACCUCGCCUUUACAUUCCUAGACGAAAUCCUAGACGUGUUAUUUAAUGAAGGCUGA